GGAAUGCCAGCAUAUUCAAGUGGUUCUACAGGAGCCACAUCAGCAGGUUUGGCUGGCUUAUCAAGCGCUGUACUCGGCGCUUAUAAUGCCAAUGCACUUAUGAAUUUAGGUGCUGGUUUCGGUAAUACAGUUAAUAAUAGUACAGGUAGUGUUCUGACCACACCAGCAACUACAAUUUCUGGUGUUGGUGGAACCAAUACAAAUAUUUCCACUACCAUUGCUAAUGUCGUCAAUUCCGUUAGCAAUCACAUGGGUGGUAGCUAUUAUCCCACUAAUUCAAGCUUAACUAUGGCAGCGUCUCUUUUGGCGCAGAUGGGCAUGGGUUUUGGAUUUGACGCUCCAGCUCCAUCCACAGUACCCGCUCCAAUAAAACCUCAACAUACUAUAAAUAAUGUAAUUAUGCAAAAGAUUAAUGCAUUGGUUGCAGCAAAUCCAGCGUUUUUAACGAGUGGCAUACCAAACCAAUUGCUAUCUCAAUUAUUGAUGCAGCCUGUGGCGGUACCUACUGUUCCACAAGAGGAGGAAGAGGUCGAUUAUGAAGAAAUAGGUGUGGCGGAAACUUAUGCAGAAUAUUGGCCAGCGAAAUUAAAUUUCGGUAAAAAACAUCCCGAUUCUGUAGUAGAAACGGCAUCGUUGUCUUCUGUUGAACCUUGUGAUGUUUAUUAUAAACUGUCGAUACCAUUAGAGACUGUUAACAGUGGCCAAUUGAGUGCACUACAGUUGGAGUCCAUUACCUAUGCAUCACAAGCACAUGAUCAUCUGUUGCCUGAUGGUACGCGUGCAGGUUUUCUAAUAGGUGAUGGCGCUGGUGUUGGUAAGGGCCGUACCAUAGCUGGUAUCAUAUAUGAAAACUAUUUAAAGAGUCGUAAGAAAGCAUUAUGGAUUUCUGUAUCCAAUGACUUGAAAUAUGAUGCAGAACGUGAUUUGUCAGAUAUUGGUGCUGGCAAAAUUGGCUUAUAUGCUUUAAAUAAAUUCAAAUAUGCCAAAAUAUCUUCAGAUGUAAAUAACAAUUGCAAACGUGGUGUAAUCUUUAGCACAUACUCAGCGCUAAUAGGUGAAUCGAAUAAUAAAACUGGUAAAUACAAAUCACGUUUAAAGCAGUUGUUGCAAUGGUGUGGCGAAGAUUUUGACGGUCUGAUUAUAUUUGAUGAGUGUCACAAGGCGAAAAACUUGUGUCCCGUCGGUUCGGGUAAACCAACAAAAACUGGUAUAACCGUUUUAGAGUUACAAAAUAAAUUACCAAAAGCACGAGUUGUAUAUGCAUCAGCAACCGGUGCAUCGGAACCAAAAAAUAUGGCUUACAUGGUGCGUUUAGGUCUUUGGGGGCAAGGCACUGCUUUUGGUACAUUUAAUGACUUCAUUGCAGCAGUAGAAAAACGUGGUGUUGGCGCAAUGGAAAUUGUGGCUAUGGACAUGAAAUUGCGUGGCAUGUAUAUUGCCAGACAAUUAAGUUUUCAUGGCGUUAGUUUCAAAAUUGAAGAAGUUGCAUUAUCUAAAGAUUUUCGUAAAGUUUACGAUCAAUCUGUUGAGUUGUGGGUCGAGGCUAUGCAAAAAUUUACAGAAGCAGCUGAACUUAUUGAUGCUGAAAGUCGCAUGAAAAAGACAAUGUGGGGACAGUUUUGGUCAUCACAUCAGCGUUUUUUCAAGUACCUUUGUAUAGCAGCGAAGGUAAAUCAUGCAGUGCAUGUAGCACGAGAGGCUAUUAAAUAUGGAAAAUGUGUAGUAAUUGGUUUGCAAUCGACUGGUGAGGCGCGUACGCUUGAGCAACUGGAACGGGACGAUGGUGAACUAAAUGAUUUUGUAUCAACAGCUAAGGGCGUAUUUCAGUCUUUGGUGGAAAAACACUUUCCAGCGCCUGAUCGAAAUCGUAUUAAUCGCAUAUUAGGUUUAAAUACUACGGAUGAUAGAAAACUAACAAUACAAGCAAUAAUUGAUGAAGUUAAAAAUAAAUCUAAAAAUGAGGCUUCGUCAUCAAAUAUUGGUAAUAAGCGAAAAGCUGUACGCUCGGAUUCAAGCGAUAUUAAAAAAUCACGUAACAAUUCUUGGGAGGAUUCUGGUGACUCACACAAUUCAUCUGAUGAAUCCGAUUUUAAAUUUACCAACACAGAUUCAGAGAAUUCAGAUCAGGAAGUUAAUUCAGAUAGCUGUGAAUCAUCUGAUUUUAAUCCAUUCUAUAGCGGUUCAGAUAGUGAUAACGACCCAUGGGUUAAUUCACGUGCGAAAAAAAAGAAAAAGAAGAAAGUCAAACCUGUGGAGCAAUUAAGUAAUCCAACAUCUGUAAAUAACAAUGUUACUGCACAAAAAAAGAAAGGUCCUCUAAGCACGCAGGAUAAAAUACAGGAACUUUUGAAGAAAAAACAAGAAUUGAAGGGUACCGUUACCCAAAUAGGUUCAACUGGCAUUCAAAUGCAUUAUGGACCACCACCAAAAGACGCAAUUGAACGUGCUUGUAGUAUGAAAGAAGAACUCUUACGCAAAAUUGAACUUAUAGGUGAUCGUUUACCACCGAACACACUUGAUCAACUUAUUGAUGAGCUUGGCGGACCAGAAAAUGUAGCAGAAAUGACUGGUCGCAAAGGUCGCGUUGUGCAAUCUGAUAAUGGCUCUAUACAAUAUGAAUCAAGAUCAGAACAAGAUGUGCCACUAGAAACACUAAAUAUAACUGAAAAACAGCGAUUUAUGAAUGGUGAAAAAGAUGUUGCCAUCAUAUCUGAAGCUGCUUCUAGUGGUAUUUCUUUACAAAGUGAUCGGCGUGUACGCAAUCAACGUAGACGUGUGCAUAUUACGCUAGAAUUACCUUGGUCCGCUGACCGCGCCAUACAACAGUUUGGACGUACACAUCGUUCAAAUCAAAUGAAUGCACCAGAAUAUAUAUUCCUUAUAUCAGAUUUAGCUGGUGAACGUCGUUUUGCUUCUACCGUUGCUAAACGUUUGGAAUCGUUAGGUGCGCUAACACACGGGGAUCGUCGUGCAACAGAGACGCGCGACUUGUCACAAUUUAAUAUUGAUAAUAAAUAUGGACGUACUGCUUUAGAAACUGUGAUGAAAACUAUAAUGGGCUAUGAGUCACCACUUGUACCACCGCCAACAGAUUAUGUUGGAAAUUUCUUUGAAGAUAUAGCGGGUGCUCUGGUAGGCGUUGGUAUCAUUGUCAACAGUGAAUCGAAUCCUGGUGUUUUAAGUUUAGAUAAAGAUUAUAAUAAUAUAUCGAAGUUUUUGAACCGCAUUUUGGGCAUGCCAGUUGAGUUGCAAAAUCGACUUUUCAAAUAUUUUACUGAUACACUAACAGCUGUCAUUAAUCAAGCUAAACGUGGUGGUAGAUUUGAUCUUGGUAUUUUAGAUUUGGGUGCUGCUGGCGAAAACGUAACUCGUGUGCAACUUAUACGUUUUAUACGUAAACAUGCUACGGGUAAAGCACCAACGGAAUUGCAUACCGUACGUGUGGAGCGUGGCAUGAUCUGGCAAGCGAUACUUAACAAAUAUGCUGAUCUCAACGGUAAAUAUGAUGGCUUUUAUUUAUCACAUCAAACACGCAACAAUAAGCGAACAGCUAUACUGGCUGUUGAAAUUGAGGCAACUGAAACAUCAAAGCAUAAGAAACACGAAAAACCCAGUAAGAAAGAUAUGAUGUUUAGGGUUUAUCGUCCAAAUACAGGGCUACAAGUUCGAAACGAAUCAUUGGCUGAAAUUGAAAAGAAAUACAAAAAAGUUGGUAGCGAGGAAGCAGAGACACAUUGGAUAGCACAGUAUGAUGCUUCAGUCAAUAUUUGUUCGCAUGCUUACUGGAAUGGGAAUUGCAGAAACGUUAACAUGGGUUGUGAAUGUGAGGUGGGCUUACGUCAACGCCUUUAUUAUGUGCUAGCUGGAUCUGUGCUAUCGGUUUGGACACGUGUUGAAAAAAUAUUGGCAAUGCGAAAUGCAAAUAAUAAAAUGCAAGUCGUACGUAUGAAAACAACUGAAGGAGAAAAAAUUGUUGGUACGUUAGUACCAAAAUCAUGUUAUGAAUUGUUAUUGAAGGAUUUAAAAUCUGAUGCCGAAAAAUUUGAGGAAGUCAAUUUUUAAAAAUACACAUAAAAUAUAGUAUAAUUAAGAUAAUACCACCACAAUGCAAAAUA